UGGGUCUCUUUCCAUUUCCUCCAUGACUGCUCACGCGGCAGCAGGGAGGGAUAUGUUGUUUCAUCCCAGCGCUCCUUCUGUCUGAAUCCUGCAGCUUCACCAUGGCUCUCAACAUCCCCGGCGUGGCCGUGAUGAUCUUCUUCUACCUGCUGGUCCUCGGGAUCGGAAUCUGGGCUUCCAUCAAGUCCAAAAGGGAGGCCAAGAAGGGCCAGGGGGAUAAGACGGAGAUGGCGCUGCUGGGCAACCGGGGCAUCAACCUGGUGGUCGGCAUCUUCACCAUGACAGCUACAUGGGUUGGAGGUGGAUUCAUUGUGGGCACAGCAGAGGCAGUGUACAACCCCUCCAUGGGACUGAUCUGGGCCGUGAUGCCAAUCGCAGCAACCAUGUGUUUCAUUAUUGGUGGUCUGUUCUUCGCCGAGCCGAUGAGAGACAACAAAUAUGUGACCAUGAUGGAUCCUUUCCAGAUCAAAUAUGGAAAAGUACCGACGGCGGCUCUCUCGCUGGCUUCGCUCAUAUCAGAGAUUAUGUGGGUGACGGGAACACUCAUAGGAUUAGGUGUAACCAUGAGUGUGAUCCUGGAUUUGUCCUACACUGUAAGCAUCUGGAUUUCUGCUGCUGUGGCCAUUACAUAUACUCUAAUGGGAGGCCUCUACUCUGUAGCCUACACAGACAUCAUACAGCUCAUCCUCAUCUUCAUCAGCCUGUGGCUGUGUGUACCAUUCGCCAUGAUGGGUCCUGCUGUAGUGGACAUCACAGAGACAGCUUUCAACUCCACCGUCGGGUCUCCGUGGGUUGGUACAUUGGAGGCGGACAGAGUCUGGAGAUGGAUCGAUAACUUUCUACUUCUGGGUUUGGGAAAUUUGGGUCUUCAGAAUUUCCACCAGAGGACGCUGUCAGCCUCCUCCUCGUCUACAGCCAAGAUCACCUGCUUCGCUGCCGCGUUCAUCGUUCCAACGUUAGGAAUCCCUCCUAUACUGCUCGGUGCAGUGGCUGCAUCAACAAACUGGAACUUGACCUCUUAUGGUCCUGCGUCUCCGAUUGAACGUGGGGAGAUGGGGCUCAUCCUACCCAUCGUCUUGCAGCACCUUACCCCAACCUACAUCUCCAUUAUUGGUAUUGGGGCGGUGGCUGCUGCUGUCAUGUCAUCCACUGACUCGGCCUUGCUGUCUGCAGCCUCCAUCUUCACCUCCAACAUAUAUAGGAACAUCAUCAGGACACAGGCAUCAGAGCGCGAGAUCCAGUGGGUGAUCAGGAUCUCGAUCGUGGUUGUGGGCUUGGCUGGUACGUCCCUCACCUUCCUGGAUAACAGCGUCCUGAUGAUCUGGAUGCUUCGUUCGGACCUCACCUACACUUUAAUGCUCCCACAGAUCGUCUGCGUCCUCUUCUUCAAGGUCUCCAACGGUUACGGAGCUGUCCUGGGCUGCGUGGUUGGCAUGCUUUUGCGGGUGCUGUGCGGGGAGCCGCUGCUUCAGAUUCCCCCCGUGCUCAAAUUCCCAGGAUGCACUCUGGUAAACGGCGUUUACAUCCAGCGCUCUCCAAUCAGGACCAUCUGCAUGCUGUCAGCCGUGGUGUCCAUCUUGUUGUUCUCCUACCUGUCGUCUGUGCUCUUCAACAAAGGCCUGAUUCCUGAGAAAUGGGAUGUCUUUAACGUUAAAGCUCAGUAUUCGACACAACCGCAAGAUGAGGCCAAAUAUGAAACUAAGGAGGAGAACUUAAAGGAACUCAGUGAGAACAAUGACGUGUGUGAACCGAUGUUAGAAUCGACAUGCUGAGGAAUAUUAUUGAAAUUCAUUUUUAAUCAGUACAGACUUCAAGAACAAAUGUAUUUAAUGUGUUAAACAUACUUUUAAUAACACAGAAUAUUUUGAAUUUUUGUAUAAUUUUAUACAUAGCAUAAAUGGGGGGAAAAAAACAUCACACCGUGGAUGAUAUUAUUUUUAUUAUUAUCUUAUGAAGUAUUAUUUUAUAAUGAAGUUAAUAUUAUUUUAUAGGAAACCAUAAAGGAAACCUGUGAUGAAGGUCAUAUCUUCUUAAAGAAGAGCUACGCAGCUAUCUAAUGUACACGUUUCAAUGUUGGCUUACUAUAACCUCGGUACGCAGGGUCCAGCUUAGUAUGUUGGAGAAAUAAUUUAAUUUAAUAUUGGCAGACACAUAGCAAAAGGAGUCAGACAGCGAUCACAAGCAAUAAACAACCACGACUCUUCUACCACCCGUCUUCUUUUUUCGGCUAAUCCCAAACCGGGUAGUGUUUCAUAACUGCUCCCGUGUGCUCUGGAUGUUUCUCUUGUUCCCCAACAAGUCGAACGCACAAAGAAUAAAUACCAGGAAAGCAACGUGUAGACCUCCUGAUCCAAUGCCUGAUCCACCUUGACUGGAUUUUACUGGAGAGGAGGAGCAGCAGCCCUACCUUGUGCUCGCUAUCACAGAAUCUCUGAGGCUGAGUCCAGAUGUCACAGAGAGGAAGCUCACUUUGGAAUGUCUUCAAAAAAAAAAAACAGUUCAAGGCCGAUAAGAUUAUCCAUCCAACCUCUUACGGACAAAUUAUGCAAGAACAGGUAUCUUUGAAGAUUUUGUACCUCGUCUGCAAUUCACUACCUCACCAAAGAGUAAAGGAAGUCCAAGAUUUACUUACUCACUCUCUUUUUUUUUUCUCCUGCUUUGGUGUUUUUUUUUGGUUCUGCCACGAUGUCUUGUCGAUAAAGUGGUUGCAUUGUGGGCUUUUUUGUUUUUUUGCCUGAAAGCUGUGUAACAACAUCAGCUCGACCUAAGUUUGGGAACAGAGAGGCAAUGAAAGACAGCAUCAUUCUCUUGAUAAUUAGUGGUCAUAGCAUAUGAAUGAAUCUAAAGCUGUGCUGAAGGUGAAAGUAGUAACAGCAUGUUGCUCUCAAGGUGAUCUCAGAUUUGACCACACACCACUCUGUGCUUCAGAAUCUCCAAACAAAAGGUUUGUCAUGCGAUUAGCCUGGCAUGACAAAGUGAUUUCUUCUGCAGUAACAACGCCCCUGAAUGAUUGAGGAAAAACUUUUAUUUGCCUUUGUUAAUCUCCGGUUGAAAAUAUGAUGAUGAAAUUGGUUAAUCUAAAAAUGUUAAAGGUUUCAAUGACAGUAAAAAAAAAAAAAAAAGAAAAAAAAAAGACAACUUGAGGAAUUAUGUUUUAAAAAGUAUCAAAAUGAAUGUGCAUAUAAAUGUUAUGUAAUGAAAUCCUUCACUUGUAUGAGUCCUCACAACUAUUUAGGACUCCAUAUGUGUCCUACGAGCUUCUGAUGACACGUUAAAAAAAACCCACCCUCUGCCUGAUAAGUCAACAUGGGACUGUGUGGCAUGCCAGGACAAUGACAGAUGUCCAAGACCGUCCCCUCCCCCCACCGUCCCCCCAACCCUCCUCUCUCCCUUCCCCUUGAUGUCUGCGUAAAUCUAAGUCAAACAACAAUAUAUCAGCGGUGUCUUAUAUAAGGUGACAUCUAGCUCCUGAUUUGUCUGUGUGCCAACAGCUCCGGUGGAACAAUCAUCCCACAUGACAGACUGAGAUAAAGGUCUUCUAUAAAAAGACUACAAAAGCGAGUGUCCCUCUUAUUGCUCUGGCUGCUUCCUGUGUCCUCUGUUUGAUGGUGACGUUAUAAUAUUAGCAUGCAGUGCCGGGGAGAGAAGGUGUAGUGAUAAUCAUUUUGGAUCAACGUAUCAGUCGGCUUUUACUUUUUAAUCAUCCACAAAAUACAAAAGAGGUUACUCACUGACCUUGAAUUAAUUUGUUCUUUUGCAACAUAGAUUAGGUUUUCUUUUGUUUCGUCUGGAUGAAUCUGUCAACAUUUCCUUAAUGUUUCUUUGCAACAGAAUCCAUGUUUAAGGGCAAACUUCCACAAUGAGUCUCUACUAAAGUUGCACCUGAAUAUGAGGUUUAGUGUUUUUAUGAACGUUGAAUUACAAGUGUCUUGACCCGACAGGGUUUAAACAGAAACAUAGGAAUGUAACAAUCAGCGACGGCGAAGUUAAUGCAGUGCAAACAAAACAAAAAAAAUCAGUGUCGUUAAAAGUGUGUGGCCAAUGGGAAAGUAUGCAUUCUAAAACGCAAAAAAAAAAAAAAAAACGAUAGUAGGGUUACUAAACGCACGACCUGCAUGACCAGAAGUCAUUUGUGAAUUUGUGAUGAUACACAAGAUGUUAUUUUUGAACAGAACAUGUAAAAUUUGUCAAGCUUUUCUGAACCUGGAGUUCUGCACUUGUAUUUGUUGUGAAAAAAAGAAGAGAAGAAACAAGGAUUGUAAAUUGAGAGAGGAUUUCACUUUGAGUGAUGAGAAUUUGCUGUGAAGGGGGAUAAACUACGAAAAGACACUUUGAGGGCUUAAUCCAAUUGGCUCCUGCUAUGAGUUUAUACAUUUACAUAUUAAAGCUGAUUUUCUGUGGUUCUUGAAAACACUGAAAUAAAAAUUUCAUUUCA